CAGCGGCGGCGGCGGCGGCGGCGGCGGCGGUGGUGGUGACUACGGCGGCGGCGGCGGCGGCGGCGGCGGCGGCGGCUCCAACAACGACAGAGUUGGCUGGUCAAUCGGGCGACAAGCACCGAGGCAGUAGAGCUGAGCGCGACGCGUCACUGCACAGCGGCUCACACGUGCUCGGCUGCACUUACGCCCGGCGUCCAAGGACACACGAUCGUAGUCCCGCGCAGAGCCUCGGCUCUCGCUCUGUCUCUCUCCCUCUGACCGUCUCGUUUUACCGCCUGACGCGAGUGAGCGGUCCCGAGCACUUCCGACCUCACCGAGGUCCAGUGCGAUUGUGUGUUGUUGUUUGUUUGGUUUGGUCGAGUGACACUGCACGGCACCGGACUAGCCGACGACACGUCUCAGCGGUGCGUUCUCGCCUUGACACAGCGGCGAGGCUGCUGCGUGUAAGCCUCCUCGCCGUCGCGCGUUUAGUGCUUUCAGCUGGUGAAAGGAUCCGGCCUGACCACGGCCAUUCUCGACACGCAUUGUGUUAGCGUGGCCGGGGGCGGUGGCGGUGGUGGCGGCGGUGUCGCCGGUGGUAGCGGCAGCAGUGACCCGGGCGUCGCCUCGGAGUACCCGCCGAGCGCUGCUGCAGCGCGGAGCAGGGAAGCGGCGGCGGCGGCGCUGCACGCAGCGAGGACCCUGUUGGGCGCGGGGGUGGCCAACCCUUGCUCGCCCACCCCCGAGCCACCCUUCUGGAAGAUGCCUCACAAAGGAUGCAUUUAGCGUCGGCGCACAAAGGAGCGCGGCGCGGCGCUUGGAGUGCACGCGCAUUGGCAAAAGGAAGACCUGAUGCAUGGAGGCGGUGGCCUCGGUGGCGGAGGGAUGAUGGGCCAGAACUCCAUCUUUGGCUGUUCGAGCGCUGGCCACAGUGGAGUGAACCAGUUGGGCGGCGUGUACGUGAACGGCAGGCCGCUGCCCGACUCCACCAGGCAGAAGAUCGUCGAGCUGGCGCACAGCGGAGCAAGGCCCUGCGACAUCUCGCGCAUACUGCAGGUCAGCAACGGUUGCGUCUCCAAGAUCCUCGGCAGGUACUACGAGACCGGUUCUAUCAAACCCCGAGCGAUCGGCGGCAGUAAGCCACGGGUGGCGACUACGCCAGUUGUAAAUAAAAUAGCCGACUACAAGCGCGAAUGCCCAUCAAUCUUCGCAUGGGAGAUUCGCGAUCGGUUACUGCAAGAGGGAGUUUGCAAUAACGACAACAUACCCAGUGUAUCGUCGAUCAACAGGGUGCUGCGCAACUUGGCGUCGCAGAAGGAGCAGCAGGCUGCGGCGGUGCAGGCACACCAGGGCGCUGAGAGCGUCUACGACAAGCUGCGCAUGUUCAAUGGCCAGGCGGCCGGCUGGCCCCACGCCUGGUACUCGGCGACACCUUCGCAUCACUCCCUCGCCACCGGCUUACCCGGCACCACGACUCCUAGCUCCGGCCAAUCACUGCUGCCUGGCUCGCAACUCCACGCACGCGACGACUCGCUGCUGAAGCGUUCAGACGCAGGCUCACUAUUGUCGCAUCAGCAAGAGACAACGUCCGAUGGUAAUUCGGAACAUAACUCGUCGGGCGACGAAGACUCGCAAGUUCGGCUGAGGCUGAAACGGAAACUGCAGCGCAAUCGGACUUCUUUUUCCAAUGAGCAAAUCGAUAGUCUCGAAAAAGAAUUCGAGCGGACGCAUUACCCGGAUGUGUUUGCACGGGAACGCCUCGCCGAGAAGAUUGGAUUGCCUGAGGCACGUAUCCAGGUGUGGUUCAGUAACCGACGUGCAAAAUGGCGUCGCGAGGAAAAGCUGCGCAACCAAAGACGCACGGCCGUGGACCAAGUGGUCGGCGGCGGCAGCAGUGGUGGCACAGGCACUGGCGCCGGUUCCGCGCCACCGGCGGCCACACCCGCCACUCCAAGGAUACCGCUCAACGCCGGAUUCAACGCUAUGUAUUCAUCGAUACCCCAGCCAAUUGCUACAAUGCCUGAUACAUACAGCUCGAUGACGAGUAGUUUGGGCGGCUCGAUGGGCAGCAGUUGUCUGCAACAGCGUGCCGAUGGCUACCCGGCAUACGUAUUCCACGAGCCGCUGCACUCGCUUACACAGUCGUAUUCGCACGCGGCGCAUCAGUCGGCUGCAGCGGCCGCGCACUCGCAGCCUCACCGGGGCCUGCCCACCACCUCGCAUGCACCGACCGCACCGAGCACUCCCGGCGCGCAGACUGCUCCGCCUGGUUCGACGCCGUAUCAGCCGACCACUUCUACGGCUACUGGUGUGAUAUCGGCAGGUGUGUCGGUGCCGGUGCAGAUCCCGUCGCAGACGCCCGACCUGACGGGCAACUACUGGCCGCGACUGCAGUGAUCACAGCUUUUCGGGUUCCCUGCCGCGAGUCUGCUCGUUGGCCAGGAGAGCCCGUCGGCGACGAGCCCCUCGUCGCCUUCCAGAUCCCAGCAGCAGCAGCAGCAGCAAAUUCAGCAAUUGACUGCCAGCAACACCUCGACCACCAGCUCGCUCCAGCACUCGGACGCCAGCGAGUGAGCGCCAUGACUGCACGAUCGCUCGGAUGCAUAAUUGGCGAAGAUGCCGGCUGUGCGAAAGCGCGCGCGCGGUGAGUCACCUGCACACAUGAACAACAACCUAGAUCCUCUAUCGGGCCCGGAUCACGCGGCAGGGUUGCGAGCAGCGCUUCACUGUGAUCAAGCCUUUCUCCGCCGUCUCCACGUACACGCGCUUCUUCUAUCAUCUCCCUUCUCCUCGGCUGUCUCGGCUGCUCUCUGUAUUCGCGCCUGAGCUCGACUUGGCGCGUCGUGACGAGCCGACGAGUCGUUUGGCAUUCUCUCGCUAUCUCUUUCGCUCUUCUUUUGUACAUUUUUAGCGACACACCGAUAGGCUAGCCUAGGAUUAUCCACCCCAUAGGACUAUAACGAGCGCGAGACACGCUAGUGCGAUUAAACUGUUACCUCCGCGUAAUAAUUUGAUAUGUCGCUGCGUUCAUUGAUUUUUAUUAGUUGCAAUGGCAAUAGGCAUAACGGUAUAUGUAUGUAUGGUCCCUCUUUCUCUACUUUACGAGUACUAUAGUGCAUGUAUACGCGAUAUAUAUCUGAACGUGCGACCUUCAACCAUAUGCUGACAUGUGCCAAAAUCAUGUAAAUAAUCGGACUCUAUUAUACGUAUGCAUUAGCUUACUUUACUGUUUCAUUUCACUGCGUAAUUAAUUUUAUUUAUCUUCAUUGUCGUUUAAGCAUUCGAUGUACAAACAUACCUUCAAAUAUAUGUUGUUAUGUACGCAAGCAAAAAAUAAAGAACAUGUUUUAUUUUCAACUGUAUAUUUUCUUACAAUUUUUAUUUGCAACAACACGCACGUACACAGUUUUACAAUGACGUUUUGUCAAUAUAAAAGUACUUGGAUAAGCCAAAUGCCAAAGGCGAAAAUUUGACAAACGAGUCUCUUUCCGUCAAAGCGCUGAGCGUAAGUAUGACUAGGUCUCGCUCCAAGAACUAGUAGAUAAUUCAAGAAAACGCGAACAAUCAAAUUGCAAGCCAAUCAAACUCUCUUUGAAACUCCGUUUCUUCGUGUGAAAGCUGGUUUUGAUCUGCCGGGCCGCGCGCGUGCACGUUCCCCAAGUACAGUGCGCGUGCGUAUAUAGCGCGCCGCGACAGCGAGUCGCGAUGAGGCGUGAAACAGAAUUGCGAAUGCGCCCUUCUUCCCUCGGCCGGGCGAAGCGCAGCGCAGCCACGCGCGGGAUACAGCCAGGCAACGCGAUGGAUAAACGAGGAAGACGAGAGCGCGUCGACGAGUCGCGGUGGCGAGCGCGAGCUCCAACCGCUCGCCGCGGAGAUCGAUGCGCGCGAGGGGAGCUCUGCGCGAUGUCUGUCUGGCGGAGAGCAGCAGCGCGCGUACACACGAACACAGAGCGCUCGCCGCGCUCGGCCCCUCUGGCAGCGAGAUGCUAAUCGCCCGUCGGAGGAGGGAAUAUUUCGGGCGAUGCCGAGGGUGCCGCGGGCUUUCUUCGCUCGAGCGAGCGGCCAUCGCGCUUAGACCCGAAGACAUGGCGGCGCACCGCAUACGCGCAUGUUCCACUUGCUCGCCGCGCCUGUGUACGCGCGCCUCUCGCUUGUUUUCGCCCGUCAACGACAGCCGCCGGUGUCGCCGCUCGCACCACAGCUUUUCGCUUUCCCAUCGACAAACGUCAUUCGCAAUUGUCGAUUAACGAGAUGCGACGUCCAUUGCUCGCGCGCUCCUGUCGAAGGCGAGACCAUAAAUAUACUUUCUCCUUCGCGCAGUCCAGCGUGACAGCGUGAGCUGUCGAAAGAACGUCUAACGGGAAUUCAAUUCGCCUUCUAUCAUUUCCACGUCGCUCCUCAAUUUGCGCAUUUUUACACGGCGUCGGCACUUUCUUUUCAAUUUGUGCUUAGGCACCUCGCAAAUAGUUGCACGAAAUAAUGACGGAACUGAAGGCACAAUUGCGCGACGGAAUUGCAGCUAAUUAAGAGAAAGAGGGGCAUCGAUCAAAUAUAUGCCAAAGUGUCUUGACGACUCACUGACAUCUUUUAUUACGUUUGAAGCACUAUCCUUUGUUUAUUGUCGUGUACAAAAAGUCGUGUAAAAUACUAUUGGUUAAAUUAUCUUGUAUAUUAGAAAAUAAUUUGGAAAAAAUGUUUGAAAUAUGUAAAUAACAAUUGAGAAUAGACGUAGAACGAAAAAAGUCAAAAAAAUAGCUCGGAAUAAUGGAGUUUAACAAACUGCAACUAUACAUCUACAUAAAAUACACAUCACAGCAGUCAUUAUAAACCUGUUGCCCUGUGCGCUUGCAGCAGUCGAUGUUUAUUCAUAAAAUGCCCAAGUGACGCAAAUUAGUAAGUAAAUGCAUGCACUCAACAACAAGCAGAUUAUAGAUUCCAAUCACCAAUACCCAUUAAACAUUCCAAAGGAUUUUAAUAAGACCAGUAACCAUUUUAACCCACUAUUCAAUAUACAAAACUUACACAACUAUUUCGCCUCCAUUAUCUAUCGAAGCAGCUGAAGAAGAGCUCCAUAAUAACAAAAAUUAUCAGCCUAUUAGUGCGAAUUCAAAAUCAAAGUUCUGUUUUUUGGAAAAAUUUGAAUGAUGAUUUGGUAAAUAGCUUAUAAUUUUAAGAAAAAAUGAAAAUAAUGGCAGAGUCCUUCUCUUAUUUGGAGCUUUUAAUUAACGUUGUCUUGAUUACAAUGACAGUGUAAUGCCACUUCUCCAUAAAGUCAGUCAUGUAAUAAAAGUAGCAAUAUGCAUUUAAUAAUUAAUGCCUAGGAUUCUCUAGGAUGCAUAAAAACAGUAAUUAUCCAUUAUUACAUUGCAAAUUAUAAGUAAUCACUAUCGAUGUGUAUUACUGAUAAUUGAAUCAAGCUUUAACAUAUAAUAAUAUCAAAUCUCAAUAGAUCUGUAUAAGCCCAUUGAAUGCAAUAGUGUUCGCUAUCAUAUACAUAUAAGCAUUCAAACAAGAAUCAAAACUUGAAAAAAAGCCAGCUCAUUUAAUGGCAAAGCACAAAUAAUGUACGGAAAGUGACAAUUAUUGCAUUAAUUGAAUUAAGAGUGGUUUUUUUACAAUGAUUAAAGUGUUAUGCAAUGAGAAUGAGCUAAUACAUAUUGAACUUGAAAAAGUCUGAUGUAAAACUAUCAUUUCAAAUCUAACAAUAUUCAAAAUAUUACAGAGCGAUGCCAAUAUUUUUAAUAAGUCAAUGAACUGUUGCUACAUGUAUUUCAAAAUUAGAAAAUAUAGACCCACACAAUUAAUGGUUUUUGUUAUGUUUUGACGAUUCGUUUCAAUUAGACACUAUGGAAAUAAAUACUAUUUAUUUACCUGAUACUCCCAUUGGUUAAUACUCUUUUUUAUGUAACAUUUGUAUAUUAUUGUGAUUAGUAACUGUUUUUGCAAGCUAAACAGUUCUGUUCUGUAUUCUGCUGACCAUUAAUCCAUUAUGAAUAUCGUGAUAUUGCUUUUAAAUUCUUGGCAUCGAUCGCUUUGAUCUCACGAUGCUUUGCUGAUGAAAAUUUCUACAAAAGUAAUUGAAACAGUCAUUGUGUUUGACGAAUACGUAUAUUUGAUUGAUCAUCAUACGAUUGAAAUGAAAUGAAUAAUGAAAAAUUGAAUUUGUUGAUACGAAAGAAAUGUACAUUAUAGAAAUAUUUCAAUUUUAUUUGCGAAUAAAGAUGUUUGACAGGGAAAAAUAUUGUACAUAGUAUAAAAUAUUUGAUAAUCUUAAAUUUUAUUCGAUGUAGCGUAGUAUAAUGUUACGUUGCACAGUCAUAUAUAAGAGGCGCUCAGCCAUGCGUUCAGGACGCAAUUUAACGUUCUGGUACCUAUUUCUCAUCAUUGUAAUAGAAAUAAUUACAUGAAAUCUAUUGUGUACAAGUAUAAGCAAAACUAAUUAAUGAAAAUAUUUAAAAUACACAUGAAAAAAGAAUACAUAUAACUAUAUCGCGGCAGUAAUCCAAUGUAAGUGUUGUGAAUAAUGAGAAUAAUAUUGUUGCUGUGAUUACCUCUUAAGAUUGUAAGUAGCCACAUUUAGAGGACGAAAUCCAUUGUUAGAUGUCAUAAUUCGAUGAAUGUGUUAUAUCGUUUCAAUAAAAUGGCGGAGAUUUCAUUCCAUGACAGAACAUUAUACGAAAAGAUAUUAUAAUUUGUAUGGACGCCUGUGUAUUUUGAAUGAAUGGAUAAGUGCUUGGAUAAUCAUUGAAUCAUUGUAAUAAUAAUUUAUGUUAAGACGAAUGACGAUAAAAAAAUUGGAUUGAAAUAAACGUUAUUGAAAUUUUCUCACGGACGCAAGUAUUCUUUCUUAACCCCAUACUUAUCGAUUCCACUUUAGUGACA